UUAGAGCGAGGCCCCAAAGAGUGCGACAGACAGAGUAGCGCACGCGCGUGCUCUGACGUUCUGACGAAGCUGUAGUGUAAACCCUACCUAUACUCAGCAGUAGCGCGGACGUCGCAGACAGAGAGGAGGCUCGAGAAACAGAGCAGACGCCAUGGAUCCGCCGCACCCUCCGCACCACCACCGGCUCCACCUCCGCCUCGACCCCGGCCACCACCACCGCAUCCACGUCCACCUCCGCCACCACGCCGCCCACCUCCUCCCCGCCGCCGCUCCCUGUGCCCAUCACCACCACCACCACACAUCGGUUCCUCUUCCUCGUCCCCACCCGCUUCCCCACCCACCGGCCGCGGCGGAAGGACCACUCCCCGGGCCGCAGGGAGAGGCGGCGAGGGACGCGGAGGAGCCGGCGCCGCAGGCGGAGCGAGGAGAGGAAGUUUACCUCGGGCAGGAAGGGUGGGCAGAGGAGGAGGAGGAGGAACCGGUGUUCGUCCUGACGGAGGAGUGGGCCGAGUUCUUCGCCAAGGCCGACGCCAAGAGGAGGCUGGCCAAGCAGCAGAGGAAGAACCGGAAGAAAUAGGAGCGCCGCGGCUCAAGCGACGAUGGAGUUGGAGAUGCAGACCGGACAGGGGCCCGGCUUACCAGAACUUUUGAUGCUUCGGAUUUUGUUUUACGAGGGAAGGCAUUUUGCGAGAGGAGAUGACAUUAUUCAAAAUACUUCUGGCUCUUGAUCAGCUCAGCGGGCAGUAUUCGCAGCAUACCUGAUGCUCCGCGUUGAGAAAUUCUGUUUCGAGAGGGAGUUUGGUUUUUGCCUUUUAAGAAUACGCCAAAACGGAAUUUUAUAUCCGAAUAGUAAUAAUCAUAAAGGAAAACAGUGUUUUUGCGUGUAAUAACUCUAGUUUGGCAGCAAAGUUUUUUCUAAACUGUGGUAAUUGAAAACCACAGUAUUACUCUGGGUAGGCAAAGAAUACUACGGUUUUCUAAAACCAAUGUUUUUCUCAGUUUUACAUGUGUUUGGUUGCUGCUGUUUAACCAAAGUUUUGAC